GGAGGAAAAGAAGGAGAAAAAUGAAGGGUUGAGAUUGGAUGGUGGCAGAAAAUCCUACGGUGUAGAGGAUUUUGCUAACCAUUUAAAUCUACCAUUCUUCUUCUUCUUCUUCACAUAUCCUCCCUUCUUCUUCUCCUUCACGAAAAAUUUCUCCCUUCUUCUUCUCCUCUCAACCUCCUUUCGGGUGUUGUAAAAAACACUUGAUCUUAUCACAUAUCCUCCAUUCUUUUUCUCCAUCACAAAUAUAUUUCAUCUUCUACAAAUUUAGAAGGUUUACUGCUACGGGACCUCCAAUUGAGCAGUUUGAUAUGGAUGUAACUCAAGAAUACAUCAAUUGGUACAAAAACAUUAGCAAGCUCUAUAUCACCCAACCGGGAGCUGCUAUGAGUCAUCUGAGAUCAAACAAUAUUAGACUUCGGAAUGUUGCAGAUGAUCCACAACAGGUUCUAAAUAUAUGCAACGAUAACGAGCAGUAUAUGGAGAACAUCCACUAUAUGUACGAUGUCCCUACUGUACCUGCUCCUGUUCAGAGGAGACGUCCUCUAGUGCAAGAGCCUGAUCAAUUGGAAGAAGUUGACCAACACGGGGAAGAAGUGCCUCCAAUGACACAAACACAAAGCGAGCAUAAUUACGUUAGUCCAGUAAUGAUGAUGCCAACAUUUGGAACGACAUAUUAUGAUUCAGAAGUCGGUCAAUCGUCAGACUUUGGAAGAGGAUAUUACAAUUCAGAGGCAGGUCAAUCAUCAACGGACUUUGGGCAACAAUACUAUGAUUUAGGGAGCGAUCCAUCGUCUUCAUACAUGCAUGGUCACGGGCGUGGUCGUGGAGAACAUAAUGAAUAUUUGUACUACGAAGUGCCUGCAGCGGUACCCGAGCAAUCAAAUGAGCUACAGCAACAAGAGAAUGCAGCAGUACCCGGACAAUCAGAUGAGCAACAACAACAAGAGAAUCAGGAGGAAAUACAACAACAGAGAGUUCAAAGUCGACGACGACAACCGGCUAGAAAUCGUCGACGUCCAGGUUGUGGAACACAUUGAUUUUUUUUCCUUUGAAUGAAAAUUGUUAAAUUAUUGUAUUAAACAUUUUGAUUCAUAUUUAAUUAUUUUACAAUCAAAAGUACUUACUACAAA